ACAUCUCUCUGCUCUUCUGCUCCUCUUUCCAACUUGGAAACCUCUUGUCAUCCACUUGUCGGAGAGAACCUUUGGGGCAUGAUGGACGAGGACUUUGAGAACCGCAUGGAGCUGAGGAGGCAGAGGAGGGAGCAGAUGCGCCUGGACUCUGAGAAGAUGGCUUGCACCAACGAGGACGACGAAGAGGCCGCCCGGGAGCAAAGGCGACGUGCCAGGGAGGAGAGGAAGAAGAUGAGAGAAGUGGAAGAUUCCGGAAGCAGCGAAGUGCUGGACACCAACAACAUCAACUUGGCCGACGACGACCAGGCUCUGCUGGAGCGCCUGGCCAAGAGGGAGGAGCGCCGGCAGAAGAGGACGCAGGAGGCCAUCGAGAGACAGAAGGAGUUGGACCCCGGUUUUGGUGCCGCCAACGGCAUGGACCACUCGGUCCAGGAGGAGCAGGAGACAUCGGUCCAGGUGGAGCGGGAGACAUCGGUCCAGGUGGAGCGGGAGACAUCGGUCCAGGAGGAGCGCGAGACAUCGGUCCAGGAGGGCGUGACUGAAGCCAACUCUUGGAAUGCGGAAGAAGACUCAAAGAAUGAAGAAGUGAAGGACCACAGCAAGGAGGAAGAGGAGCGACAGCAGAGAGAGAUGGAAGAAAAACAGAGGAUGGAGGAGGAAGAGAGGUGGCAAAAAGAGGAGGAUAGGAAGAAGAGAGAGGAGGAUGAAAAACAACAAAGGGAAAGGUUGAAGGAAGAAAGGCUGCAAAGGGAAAUGGAAGACAGGAGGAGAGAAGAGGAAGAAGAAGAGAAGCAGGCGCUGGAGGAGAGACGCAGGAAAGAGGAGGAAGAGGAAGAAGAACGAAAGAAGAAGACGAUGGAGGAGAGACUCAGAGCAGAAGAGGCGGAAAAAGGCAAAAGAGAGCUGGAAGCAAAGAAGCGAAAAGAGGAGGAAAAGCAUCAGAAAGAAUUGGAGAAGAAGAAGAAAAAGGAGGAGGAGGAAAAGCAGAAGAGAGAGCUGGACGAGAAGAAGAAAAAGGAAGAGGAUGAAAAGCGCAAAAAAAGAGCGACGGAGGACAAGAAGAAGAAAGAUGAGGAGGAGAAGAAGAAGAGAUCAGUCCUGAAAGAAAAGGUGAAGAACGAGGCAGCCCUCGCUGAGAACAAAGUGAAGAAAGCAGACAAGCCAUCAAGGGACUACGACGAGUCGCAAGAGCGGGAGCGCCUGGAGGCCGAGCGCAAGCUGCAGGAGCUCCAGCGGCGGAGAAACCACGCCGAGAGCGAAGAGAUGGAGAAGAUGAAGCAGAAGCAGCAGGACGCCGAGGCCGAGCUGGAGGAGCUGAAGAGGAAGCGGGAGGAGAGGAGGACGGUCCUGGAGGAGGAGGAGCGGCGGAGGAAGCGAGACCUGGAGGACAAGAAGAGUCGAGAACAGGAGGAGAGGAAGCGGAUGAGGGAGGAGAUAGAGAAGAGGAGGGCGGAGGCUGCGGAGAAGAAGAAGCAGCUGGAGCAGGAACCCGUCAAGCCCUCCUUCUCCAUCAGCCCUAAAGGCUCAUCCAAGAUCGGGGAGAAGGCGGAAUUCUUGAGCAAAUCGGCUCAGAAGAGCGUCAGAUCCUCACACUCCCCAAUGGUCUCCAAGAUCGGCGGCAGACUAGAACAAUACGCAUCCGCCAUCCAGGGGAACAAGGAGGUCAAAUCCCCCCGGCCCCUCAUGGCCGACAUCCCCUCAGGGGGCACGCGCAGCAUCAAGAGCAUGUGGGAGAGCGCCAACGUCUCCCAGGUGUCUGCCAACAAGGACCCGGUGCCCGCUCAAGGAGGGCCGGUCAGCGGCGUCAGCAGUAAGACGGCCAAGCCUGCAGAGGCCCAGAAGGCACCGGUUGCCAUGCCGACGACAACAAAGCCUGCAGAAGUGAAUAAACAAAGUGACGUUGGCAACAAGCGCAACAUGUGGGAAACCAAGAAGAGCUCCACGCCUGCCAAGGUGUCAGUUGGAUUCAAGAGCAAGUUUGGCAACUGAAACCUCGCCAGCUCCGUGACGUCACAUGACCAGGAUGAAGACAUCCAGCAGUCUCCAGAUCCUCACCUCGCAUGUUUUAAAGGCCGAUCUGCCCUCAAUUGGAGCUGAAAUGUCCCGGUUUUGUGUUAGCUUUUGUGCUUUUAUCGCCGCACACUUGGUGAUACAAUAACACAUAAUAUGAUAUUUUCUUUUCUCUUACUGUCACGUUUAUGUUGUUAAAGCUCAUCGACACAAAGUGGAUAUGCCAGUAUUCUAUAUUUGUUGCCAAAAGCAUCAGCUUUACUGUCAUUGAUGGACCAAUAUGUACCAAAAGGAGGAACGUCACUGCAAAUAGUCAACAAGCCAGCAUUUACUUAUUUUCUGCAAAAACAGACAUGAUGUGGCAAUGAUGUCACCAUAUGUCGUCCAAUCAGAGGGCUGUCAAUCAUCUGUCACGUUUGUUUACACCAGACCUUCUCAAACUUUUGCUCACCACCUCAGAAAACACCUCCAAGUACCAACAUAGUGACAUCAUUAAAUACAGUAGCGUAGUAGACCUAAGUAUUCAUUAAGUACCACCAUAGGGACAACAUUAAAUACAGUAGUGUAGUAGACCUAAGUAUUCAUUAAGUACCACCAUCAUGACAACAUUAAAUACAGUACCAUAGUAGACCUAAGUAUUCAUUAAGUCCCACCAUAAUGACAACAUUAAAUACAGAAGUGUAGUAGACCUAACUAUUCAUUAAGUCCCACCAGAAUGACAACAUUAAAUAUAGUAGUGUAGUAGACCUAAGUAUUCAUUAAGUACCACCAUAAUGACAACAUUAAAAUACAGUAGUGUAAUAGACCUAAGUAUUCAUUAAGUCCCACCAUAAUGACAACAUUAAAUACAGAAGUGUAGUAGACCUAACUAUUCAUUAAGUACCACCACAAUGACAACAUUAAAAUACAGUAGUGUAGUAGACUUAAGUAUUCAUUAAGUACCACCAUAGUGACAACAUUAAAUAUAGUAGUGUAGUAGACCUAAGUAUUCAUUAAGUCCCACCAUAAUGACAACAUUAAAUAUAGUAGUGUAGUAGACCUAAGUAUUCAUUAAGUACCACCAUCAUGACAAAAUUAAAUACAGUACCAUAGUAGACCUAAGUAUUUACUAAGUCCCACCAUAAUGACAACAUUGAAAUACAGUAGUGUAGUAGACUUAAGUAUUCAUUAAGUACCACGAUAGUGACAACAUUAAAUAUAGUAGUGUAGUAGACCUAAGUAUUCAUUAAGUACCACCAUAGUGACAACAUUAAAUACAGUAGUGUAGUAGACCUAAGUAUUCAUUAAGUACCACCAUAGUGACAUCAUUAAAUACAGUAGUGUAGUAGACUUAAGUAUUC